GGAUGAAAGAGUGUGCUGCGGUCGUGUGGGAUUCGCGCAGUGAUGUGAAUCAUGGCUCCUCCAGUGGAGAUUCGUGUGUGAUCGUCGUCGCGUCGAUUAGCUCCUGUGUUUGUAGCCGCUACGGUGUUGUGCUGGUCGCAAAAGCAGAAAACUGUGCCACCUUUCUCGGCUCUUUGCGAUAAGUAGUAAAGAACCGUGUACGAUAUAAAUGAAUUGCGAAGCGAGUGCGAAGGAAGGACGGGUUACGUGAGCACCAUUGUCACAGCCUGCGCUUUGCCCGUGUCGCAGCGCUUUGUGGUCGAACUACGAGCCGCUAUGGUGUCGUCGUAGCGUCUUGCGUCCGCGAUUGAUGCGGCAGCGACGAUGGGCAUCGGAUACGCGAGCGUCGGCUGCUGCUCUAGGCCUAACAAAGCUCUCUGCGUCGGACAAAGGCGUACUCCUCUGACAGCUGACUGCGAGCAGCGACGAGUCUGACGCGUCGGGAACGCGCCCAGCCCCUGCACACCAUGGAGACUGUGGGAGAGUUCGAGUACAACACCAAGGAUUUGAUCGGCCACGGCGCCUUCGCGGUCGUCCAAGGCCGCUACAAGGCGAAACCGGAGCUGCCGGUGGCCAUCAAGAGCAUCACCAAGAAGAACCUGGCAAAAUCGCAGAAUCUCCUCGGCAAGGAAAUAAAAAUUCUCAAGGAGCUGUCCGAGCUGCAUCACGAAAACGUGGUCGCCCUGCUCGACUGCAAGGAAACCGCCCACCAUGUCCAUCUCGUCAUGGAGUACUGCAAUGGAGGAGACUUGGCCGAGUAUCUCUUGGAGAAAGGCACGCUGAGUGAGACUACCAUCCGCCUUUUCCUGAGGCAAAUUGCUGGUGCCAUGCGAGCGCUCAACGCCAAGGGCAUCGUGCACCGAGACCUGAAGCCGCAGAACAUCCUGCUCUGUCACGGGCCACGGCCCAAGCCGGCACCGGCGGACAUCACGCUCAAGAUCGCAGACUUCGGCUUUGCGCGGUUUCUCCAGGACGGCGUCAUGGCGGCCACGCUGUGCGGCUCGCCUAUGUACAUGGCGCCCGAGGUGAUCAUGUCCCUCCAGUACGAUGCCAAGGCCGACCUCUGGAGCAUCGGCACCAUUGUGUUCCAGUGUCUCACAGGCACUGCACCGUUCAAGGCUCAAACCCCUCAGGCCCUGAAGCAGUUCUACGAGAAAGCAACAAACCUAGCUCCCAGGAUACCAUCGGGAACGUCUCGUGAACUGCACGAUCUUCUGAGCAGGCUCCUCAAAAAGAACGCAAAGGACAGAAUGGAUUUUGAUGAGUUCUUCUCACACCCAUUCUUGAAAACUGUGGCCAAACUGAGCUCUCCCAUGCCUGUGCCAUCGAGACGCUCUGCGUCUCCUCCCGACGUGGGUGGUGGUGCAGUGGCCCCUCCUGCGGGGGGCUGGGGCUCCCCCAUGUCGGGACAGCUUCCCCCGUCCCCUCAGGGCUGGUGCGGGGAAGACCUGGGGGGCUCGGGGGCAACGCAGGCAGCUGCCCUCAAGAGUGCCUCAUCGUCCUCCUCGCCUGAAGAUCAGGACUUUGUCAUCGUCCCAGCUUCAAUUGGAGAAGAUCAGCAAAGCAGUGGCGCGGCAGGUGCUCGGUGGCCUUCCGAGGACUCGGGCAGCACCCCAGCCAAGAAGAUGGCCUCGGGAGGCAAUGUGCCGGCCUCGCCAACGAGCCACGAGGGUUCCCCCAGACCUUCCUUCUUGCCUGUACAGCAACAGCAACAGCAGCAAAUGAUGCAGCAGCAACAGCCAUCCCAUCAGCCGCAGCCGAGAGCUCCGUGCGGCCCGCGGACAGAACCGAUUCCAGUUCCGUCGCAGAAGCGGGCCUUUGAGCAGAUGCAGCGCAGUGGAGGCAGCAGCGGUGGUGGUGGUGGUGGAGCCGCAGCGACUGCAGCAAUGCCUUCUGAAGGAGCUGCAGUCGCCCAACGACGGAUGCAACUGGAGCGGAAGGACUCGCUGGGGUCGAACUCGAGCGACCUAGGGCGCAGGACGCCAGAUUUCUCCAACCUGUCCCCUCCUUCAGUGCAAUUCCACAUCGGGACUCCGCCCGGGGGUGGUCGUCGGCGCCACCUGAGUGGAGGAACCCCGCCGAGGGUCAGGCACUCCAUACCCAUCGCCACCUCAGGCUCUCCCCUUCGGCGACACUAUUGUGGCAUGGCCAACGUGAACCAGCUGGCGAUGUUGAACGGCAACCCUCAGCAGCUGCCCCCCAUCCUUGGGUCGCCGCUGGGCGGUCGGGAGGGUGACCCCGGUGUCGGCUUCAACCUCAACGCCAUCCGGAAUACAGCCUUGGCCACCCGAGCCAUGACGCUGCCGGAGAUGCGUAGAGAUGGCAGUGGAGGAUCGGACCAACUGGACGGUGGUCUCCACAAGUCGGGUAGUGCUGGAGGCAGGCUAUACGACCAUGGGGCGUUAUUCCGGGGAGCCAACCUGGUCUCGGAGCAGGCGGCACUCGGUUCGUACAGCCCGCCGGGCAGCGUGGGUGCAUUCUUUUCGGGCAGUGGUGACUGGCCGGGGGGCCGGCUGGGUUCUCCCGGUGCCACGGCAGUGGCCCCAUGCUGCUUCCCUUUCGGCACUUCCCCACCCACGAGCGAGCCGCCAAACUUCGUGCCACCCCCCGAACUGCCCCAAGAGACCCUCUUGGAUCGGGAGCACAACGAGACCCUGGCGAAGCUGCACUUCAUCGAUGCCCUGGUGGGAUGCAUCGUCGAGCUGGCACGAUCCAAGGCGGAGCCACUGGCCGCUGCCUUGACAGAGUCCAUGUACUGGCGGCAGUGCUGUUCGUCUCCCGAGGAGCAGGUGGCCCGUGCGCUCGGUGAGGGCCAUCGGCGGGCCGAGCAGUUGGUGCUGUACGUCCGGGCCGUGCAGCUCCUGGCAUCGGCGCUCAACUUGGCCCGCGACCAAGUGGCCCAGAGGCGGCUCAGGGCGUCGUCCAGUGUGCGGCAACUCCUGCGCAACAUGCAGCAGACCUUGCACCGCUGCAUGGACUGCUGCCGACGGCUGUCCCAGCAGGGGGUGCUGCAGGCCUCGGCCUCGACCACCUCGGUGCCCCCCCUGACGGCUGAUCGGCUGCUCUACAACUACGCCAUCGACAUGUGCCAGACGGCUGCCAUGGGUGAGCUGUACGUUCACACGGACGAUUACAAUGGUGUCCUGGACGGCACGUCGAGUGAACACAGCCGCGAAGCAGUCACCAGUACCCUCACCGAGUGCUUUCGGCGCUACCAGACGGCCCAGAUCUUGCUGCACAGUUUGGCACAGCAAGUGGAGAACGAUGACGACAGGGCAUUGCUCAACCGAUACAAGGACGCAGUGGAGAAGCGGCUCUACGUACUCCAGAGCGAAGGCCUCGUGUGCGCCUACGACUCCACCUGUUGAGGAAGAAGCGCGCACCAUUCCUCAGAGCACCCACCCUUGUGUCAGCCCCUCCUCUCCAACGUCAUGGUGUGUUCUGUGCUGCUGCUGCCUGUCCCGACCAGUGCUGUGCCUGAUGGUGGUGGCUAUGGAUGGACCUUGCGACCUUGUUCAUUUCUUGAUUAGUUUCAUCGUCUCCCUCCAAGCUUCCUCUGUGUCUUCUUUCUUUUUUUUUUUCAACGACUGUUUUCAUUGUUGCGAGAGCAGAGCUUUUCUUCGUGGACUUUGACAAAGCCACCACUCACUCGUGACUCGUCCGUGACUGUUCCUUUGUCAUUUCUGCAUUCUUCAUUUGUCAUCUUAGCAACAAAAAAGGAAAAAAAAAAGAAAAUUUGCUGCACAACUUUCAGUUUCUUUUACGCUUCGGCGGUUCCUUUAUUUCUGUGGCACACCGCCCUUGGACCCCGUAUUCCGCACCGUAUUGUUUCGGUAGCGAGAUCCCCGACAAAAUAAGACGGGCCACAAACGGGCAAGAGCCGUCUUUUCUUUCUCACCUUCUGCGUUUGCAGUACAAGACCUCUAAAAGUUGCGUAAGAGCUGCUCACCUAAGGUGUUGGCACCUAAGCAACUUUUCCUGGUAAUGCUAUUAUAAGGAUGUCAUCGAACACAUGUACAACUUCUGCAAACACCUGUUGGCCUCCCACUUUUGUUGCCGAGCUGAAAUAACAAAUUUUACUAUUUAACACGCUUAGACGGGCAAGCUAGUUGCACCGGUUAACGUGCAAACGAGCACAUCAGUCUGCUUAGCCACUGUACGCACCAAUUACACAUUUAAUAUUCUCUAUUCUUACAACAUGUCUUUUCCUAAACUCAAUCCCAUGGUUGUUCGCUUGCAACACGGUUCAUUUUGCUCUUUCAGCCGUUCUCAGUGUUUACUUUGCAAUCGGAUAGUUUGCAAAGUACCGACCCUCUGUUGGUGCCUGGUACCGCUGUUAGGCCUUGCUGCAAUAGUAGAAAGCGGGCCUCUUGCAAGCCCUGUGGCUGCCAAGUCGAGGCUGUGCACCUGAGGCACAUGUGUCUUGUCUUCUCACAGCACCUUGUCUUCUGACUGGCUUCCAUCUCGGAGCCUACCCCUCCCCCCCCUCCUAAUUUAUUUACCGCGCCUAAGUUUUUCUCAAACCCGAGAGAGAGCUGUUCCAAGGAAGUUGUGAUAUCAAAAACCCUCACCUGCAUGCGGCAAAAGAGGUGGAUCGCAUCCGGCGAUUGACGACAUUCUGUGGAGAAAGAAAAAGUGUUGCGCCUUUUGAAACUUGCUUUUGUCACGUGGAAAUAAUUGCCCACCAUUUUUGCAUGAACUCACUUUCUAACACUUUGUGUUGCUAGUGCUCAGUGUCUGCAUAAGUGACGUGUCCCAUUUUGUGUUAUGUCAAACCUCAAUACAACGAAUGCGGAUAUAAGGAAUUAUCGGUUAUGGUCUUGCGUCAAUAUAGUGUCACGGUAUGCAAACCUUUAUGAGGAAUUUUCUCGUACAACAAUGCCAUUUUCCUAUCAGACACAUCUCCCAUGUAAUGAGGUUUGACCAACACUGACUCAGCUGCCCCCCCUCCCCCCUUCUCUUCUAAGAAAAAAUAAGUGGGGCUGCAGGUGGUGGUUAUUACUACGGGACAAUAGCAGACCUCAAAAAGAGCGUACUUUUUUUUUUCUUUUUUCUUCAAGAAUGUAUAUGGACCAAGGUGACCAUAGGCGGUGCUUCGAGAUGUCGAUUUUCCCCGCUGCUGUGUCGGUGACUAGUCAGAUUGCCUGAGUGAUGACCGAGAGUGAAUUUCCCUUAAAAAAACGAUUAACGACAGUUGACCUGCUUGGGUUUCAGGCCAAAAGCCAUGAGGAGAGAAAUCGUGCGACAGAGUGUUUGUUCCGCUAACUGGAUGUGUCAACGGGCAUCACUCAUCACGUUUCUUCCGUUCUCAAUUCGUCCGUUUUCCCUCCUGCGCUUGCUGCUGACAGUUGGCUUUCCCGACUAAUGAAUGCCGAUAUGAACAUUAUAAGAACACCACAAGUCUAAACAUUGUUGCCCUCUUCGAAAAAUGUAUUCCACAUUUGAGACCAAGUACCUGAACCAAAGCUUCUUUCACGUGUACCUUUCACGUUGCUGUGGGCCUUUAAUCUUUGGCAACAACUAGACCUUGCCUUUUUACGCCUGAUAUGUUCAUUAUCACAUUUUUUUAAAAUGAAAGCACAAUUUCAUGCUUCUGUUGGGAGCUUGAGGCACAUGCUCGCAUUUUUCAUGUUAAUGCCACGGUGCAUUGUGAUCGCAGCAUUUUAAGGCCCACAAGUUUUUGAUGCAGUUCUUUUUUGUCGGCUCCUUUCGUAGCCUUCUUGAGCAGCUCCGAGCCCUUCGGCAGCACCUCAUGGCUUUUGGCACUGUCGAACCUGUGACUGAAGUGAGGAUGUGGUGUGGAAGUUAUUACCAUGUUUAGCGAGUUCGUUUGUCAGAAAUAACCUUUUUUUUUGUGUUUCCUCGUUUUUACGAUGCUCUGCUGCGGUACGGUUGCACUGUCGAGGCGUACGAUGGUAUCGGCAAUAAUCGUGUGCCUCGUAGGAGCGACAUCAAAGCAGUUUGCACACUUGGUUUUUCUCAGCUGUUUAUCCUUCGUACCCCAAUUCUGCAUGUCAUGCUAAUUGUAACGAAUGUUUUUAUAGGGCGUGCAUCAUAAAUGGUUAGUAGCUGGAGACUUGGCAGAACAUUGUAGUGUGUCAUGACAAUCCUGGCCAUUCGGUCGGUCGGGUUUACUUGUAUGUGUCUGGGGUGCUGUAUGCAUGUUGCUUCUUGAAAGCACUUGACCAGAGUACAGACAAGAUCACAUGAGAAAAGAUAAUGACGCAUCCUAGGAGAUAGUGAGCUUUUUCAGUGCCCUGCAGUGUUCCCGCGAAUGCAAGGUACUGCGAAGGCUUUCCAGGCUGUCGUUUUCUUAUUCUGACAGCUGGCAGAGCCCUGCUUUUACCGACAGUGCUGGGAAGAUCUUUCUUUUUUUCCCUUACUUAUAAUGCUUGAAAGGAGAGAGACCAACUUUAUUUAAGGAUGACAUGCUCGUAGCAUCGUUGUAAGCUGAAUUGUGGUUGAGGAAAAUUGCUUCGGGCACACUUCACAAGGAGUUGCCAGAGUGUGACACGCCCUACAAACGUUUGGGGCUGAUGUAAGACAUUGUGUUGUAUAUUAUUCACGCUCUCAUAUCUACAUCAUCGUGUAUCGAGCAAAAAAGCGAGAAAAAAAAAAAAAAAGUUCCGCUUGCGGAACCUUGAGCCUUUUUUAUCAUUCAUUCGUGCCACUACUCUUGUCCACUGCAUGCUUUGGCUCACGGGCGUAUGUGGUUUCGGAAUGGUUGUGUAGCAGAAAUACCAAAGUGUGCAAACAGUGAAAUGUACUGUAUAGUGUGCCUGAUUAGCUAAUUCUGGUGGUAGACCUGUUUUUCGUUUUAAAACGGUCUUGCCACUGGCAUGUUUGGCUGCGUAACUAGUGUGCAUAGGUGUGUAGGCACAUCCCAGCAAUUGAUGCCUUGGGGACGGAGUUCCAUUUCUGUGUAGGUGGACCGUGACGGGCUAUUGUAGCGUGGCAUCUUGGAAAAAGUUCGUAGAAAAGCUGUGUACUCUGUACUGGUAGUGGUGUUCCUAUGUUGCGAAGUUUUUGAACUUGCCAAUGUCUCUUGUAAAGGCUUUAGGAUGAUGUUUGUUAGGCUGUACUUUAGUUCACACUAGCCUUCUGUACAUCGUAGGUAACUUUGUGUGCAAGCGCUCCAUAAGCCCGAUAGAGCUGUCGUUCCUGUAGUUACAAAUCGGUGGGUCACUUAUAGCUGUUUUCUUUUUGUUGCGGUUUUAAUUUUUUUUAACGUUCACGUCCCCAUUAUGAUUUUAAUGUGGAGGUCACCAGAGGUGUGUUUUUCAUGUCUGUGUGUGAUGGCCUUGUGUGUGUAAGCCAUUUCAUGACAUAGCUUGAUGCUUACGGAAGCAGCACGAUUUCAUGGUAGGCGGGUACUUUUAUAGAAAAGACGGGAAAACAAGCAAAAAAACAAAAAAAGCUGUAGUCUCUUUGUUUGUGAAUGUCUUGGAAAAGAGUGUUGUGAUAUUUACUCGUUGCUGCUAUACAUACAACUAUAAAUAACGCGCCUGGUUGUGCUACACACAAAUAGAGCCAUAGGUGAUGCUGAACGUAGAUGAAUCCUUGCUGUACAGCUUUUCUCCUCUUUGCAUUCAAAACUAUGCUUGCCAUGCGCGGGCCAGUUGGAACAUGCAUGCACGGUAGACGUGUUGACAGUGCUUCAUUGCGGAUGGGUCUCCGUUAUUCACAAGGCCAGCCCCUUUUCCUAAUGGGCAUUUACUUUCUACAUGCUGGUUCAUAGCUAGAAGUUUUGCCCAUUAAGCGACAUUCUAAACUAGUGCAGAUAAUGAAAGGUACUAUGUCUUUGAUUUUCUUGCUCUGAGAACUCCAAUUGGCGAAAGUUGCCUCGCUAGAAAGCCCACCUCUACUGAGCUUAUUGGGAUUAUUCUUUUAGCUAUUUGUUGCUCAAGGGUCUGGUGUCUAGUAUACAAAAGUGUCUGAGACAGCAGCUGGUUACAUUUUACCACUGAAAACUUCAUUCCCACAAGAAAAGUUCUUGCUGGUCAACAUUCUCACCAGUGAAGUUAACAGCAAUGAAGCAACAAUGAAGUUGACUUGCAUUAUGGGAUACAAUACUUCAUAAACUGGUAAUAGUGCAAGACGCUUGUGGAUUCCACCUGACCUUAGCGUGUGCAUUCAAAGCUAUUGUGUACCUUGGCUGCUUUGGAAAUUUUAUUUGCUCAUUGGCUGGUGCUGGGGUUAAGGAAGCACUAACUCAGAGUGUCAUUUUUCUUUCAGCAGCACUUUAAGUGUUAUAGUCUGCGAACAAAAUUCAAUUUGGGAACUGUUGGCAGUUCACCUCGCUCCUCCACAGAAUAGCAGAUGUGAUUUUUAAGGUGUUAUCUGCCAGUCUGGGCUGUACCCGAGUACUCUGGCUGCCUCCUCAUGCCCACUGAUGCCUACUCUGAUGCAAGUGCAUUUAUAGAGAGCAUUGCAUAUACCUAAUUUGUGCUUUUUCCGUUCAAUGAACUCUAUUCGGACGCAGGCAUGUGGCUGGCCUUAGUGAGUAACUGUUCAACGCAGUUCAUUGGAAAGCAAAGGGAGAAUGAGCGAAUGACGUCAUGGUUUGGUUGAGGAAAGACGUGCAGACAUUCAUUGUGCGUUUAACUGUACAUAGCUGUGUAUACACGCGACUAUUCUUUUUUUUUUUGUUUAGUUUUUAGGAUGUCUGUAUAUAGGCUUUGUUGGCUGCCAUGUGAAAACAAAAUAUAAGUGGGGUAAAAUAAUUUAAAAAAAUCCCUUUGCGCUUCGGCACUGGACUGAUCAGUGCGCUUCAUGGGGACAAGCUUACGUGCAACAUACACAUCUGCUGGGCAGUUUGUAUCUGUAUAUUUUGGUUCGUUUUAGUUACUUUUGUCAUAGCGUGUGCUUGUUUUAGUGACUGUGCAACUUCCUGAAGAUGUUGCAAACUGAACUGUAGUGUGCCUGUAUACUGUGCGAGUUUUAUUUUCAUUUACUUUUGUUCCUUUAGUUUCCUUCGAAUGUGCGCCCAUGCACUUUGAAAUAUACAAAAGAAAGAAAAGAAAAAAGCUGGAAAAGCUUAAAAUUUCUCCUUUUUCUUUUUACCUUGUACAGCUGUUUGUAAUAAAGAGUUUUUCCGCUACCUGUAA